AAAUAUGGAGAAGACGAUGGAAAGUUUUCAAGAGCCCUCGGAUGAAGAAAAACAUUUUAUUCAAAAUCUAGCAAAAGUAUAUGACGAUGCAACCAACAAACACUGGGACGAUGAAGUAAAAAUCAUAAUCGAAAACUACACAGCCAACCACCAAAAAACAAAAGAGGAAACAUUUCAGUUACUCUUAAAUUUAUUCCCAUCAACACCGACAAAAAAUGAUGCAAUUCACGCCAGCCUAAUUGGAUUUUGGUAUCAAUAUAUAAUAAGGAUAUCAAAAAACCUAGAUAACGCGUUUACAUACUACAAGAUUGCUGCAGACCUUGGCGAUGGCUUCGGAAUCACGCAGUUGACAAUGUUUUUCAAUAAGAUUUAUGGCGAAUCUAUCGAUACAAAAUAUCUAGAAUAUAUUGAAUUGGGGACAAAAGCUGGACAUCCACAUGCCAUUUAUAAACAUGCUGAGUCGCAACCUAUCAAUAAGCGAGUUUACUGGUUUCAGAAGGCAGCAGAAAAGCAGUUCAGCCCUGCUGUUGAUGAACUUGCUCGUUUUUACAUUAAAGGUGAACAUGUUAAUAGAGAUUUACAUCGCUCCUUGAGAUUAAUAUUGGUGAAUAAACGUAAUUGUGUACAUACCUGGAGGCCAACAUAUGUACUGCAUCAAAUAUUUCGAAAUUACUAUUAA